AUGUCCUCGACUGUCGAUUACUCUACUUGGUCGCCUGCCUCUUCCACUAGCUCGGGCUCGCCCGUCCAUCCUGCCUCGCUGGUGGAUCCUACCACACACUCCUCGGCAAUCCUCCAGCUAGUUGAUAUGGAGUUCACACAGUCUGUCAUAGACUACAUUGUCGAGUGCAUCGUCGAAACGGUGACCUACGCGCUCACCCGGGAUUCGGACCCCCAUUCGGCUAUCACUCUGGGCCCUAGCCCCACCCUCGUCGGCAAAUUCACCCUCUUCGUCAAGCUCAUGUUGUCCCGCGCCGAAGUGAGCCCUGCGACUGUCUUCGUGGCACUCGCAUAUGUUGCGCGCGCACGGCCCCACCUCGCCAUCGCCUCGCCCGAGUGGGCGCUCGAGCGCGUCUUCCUCGGCGCGCUGGUCGUCGCGAGCAAGUACACGCAGGACAGCACGCUGCGCAACGCGCACUGGGCGCUGUGUAGCGGCGUCUUCGGCAAGCGCGACGUCGGGCGCGUUGAGCGCGAGUUUCUCGAGGUGCUGAACUGGGAUCUUGGCGUGCGCGAGGAGGAGAUUCUGAUGCACUGGGGAGGCGUUAUGGGGCUCCCCGACGAAGAUAUGCCUCCGGUCGCAACUCCUGCUGCUGCUGCUACCAGGAUCGAGAUCACACCCGCUCCGGAAUCGGAGUACCACGGCACCGGCGUGCCGACCCUCGAGCCGUCGAGCCCCUCCAGCACCUACUCGUCGUCGCCUCGAACACCGUCGACGACCGACAUGGAUGUCGACCAGCCUGCACCGCACGCUAAGAAGUACGAGCACGAGCACGGGCAUCAUCGGCACCACUCACGCCGCCUCAGCGGGCUGCUUCGGGUUCUGCACGUCCCACACAUCCAUCUGCCGCACCACCAUCACCGGGCCUCGAUCCCCAUCGCUGCCGGUGCUUAA